AGACUUUCCGAUGACGCGUUUUUGUAGUCAAUAAGCGUUCGCUGUAGUCCGACAUCGACAGAGCCAAAAGCGGUGCUGAACUGACAGGCGGUUCAUCUGCGCCAACAUGGCUGAUGAAACAGCAAAAGCGCAGACUGCCCAGCCGGGCGGAGACACGAUAUUUGGAAAAAUCAUACGUGGGGAGAUUCCUGUGGACUUUCUCCAUAAAGAUGACAAGUGUGUGGCCUUCCCUGAUGUUAAUCCUCAAGCUCCCAUUCACUUCCUCGUCGUCCCCAGAAAGCCGAUUACUUCGCUGUCAAACACAGAGGAUGGUGAUGCUGAAUUGUUGGGACACUUGAUGAUAGUUGCAAAGAAUCUUGCUGCAAAGCAGGGCCUGGAUGAUAACGGCUACAGGCUUGUCAUCAAUAAUGGGAAGCAUGGAGGCCAGUCCGUCUACCACCUCCACAUCCACAUCCUGGGUGGACGCCAGAUGGGGUGGCCCCCUGGUUAACCUCCGUCUCCUGACACAGACCAUCCUGCCAUCAGUUUUCAUGUCUGUCAUCUAACAACCACUACUGGUCAAUUUAGACCAUAAAUCAGUUUGUCAUGCAAAGCAAGAGUCAAAUAAAACCUGGAAAUGUAUCCGUGAGAAUAAAAUGCACUUCACAGCAA